UCCAAAGGGGAUGGAAAAAGGGGAUGGUGUUUUUACAAGGGGGUGAUUUUUUCCUUUCUUUCUUUUUUUUUCUUGGACGAAGAACUUGCUUUCCCUCUCAAAUCGCGCCCUGACUACAGAUAGUUUCACAGCUCCUCCAUGUUCGUAUUACUCUCUAAUGCUGCUGGGAGUGAGCUAGCUGUUGGAACAUUUCAGGUGGCACACACGGUCAGAGGUGACAGAUGGCAGGUGUGGGUUUUGUGUUUGUGCGUGGUCUUUUUUUAGCACUGCCACACACAGUGUGUUGCAUUGCUUUUUGGAAUAUUCUGCAGAUGGCAAGCAUGUUUCCCACGGGUCCCUGAAUGGAUACAUGUGCAUUUCAUCAUCCAUAAAUCAGCAAGAAAAUAUACAAAAAGUGACAUUACAUUGCCAAUGUGAAGGAAACAAACAACCACUCAUCUGUGUUUCUAAAAUUAAUGAUACACAAUUGUUUUAGUUCAGCCUUUUUUGGCCAGAUUAUCGAUGACGACAAUACCAAUCCCCCCCACUACAGUGACGAUGACAAAUGAUCCAGAUAAGAACAGUUGUGUCGCAGUGGCUCAGGAUGACCAUCUUGCCAGUUUGAAGGCUUUGGCUGAGAAGCUGCAUCUGGAGCCAAGAAGGCCUUCGCACUUAGAAUGGAGGGCUCAGCUAGAAACCCACAGAGUUAAAGGCCUGGAAGCCUCAGUGGCUGCUAAAGAAGGGCAGCUACGAGCUUGGAGUUCUCUGAAGUGGCCAAAGUCCUCAUUGAGUUUUACAAUGCACCAGGGGCAAAGACAUCCUUCUGAGAGCCUGAAGGGGUUUGGAAGUAUUGGCGAGGCACUGGAAUGGCUCAAGAAAGAGCUGAGAGAGAUGCGUGUGCAGGACCAGCAGCUAGCGCGCCAGUUAAUGCGUCUGCACAGUGAUCUUAACAAGCUGAAAAUUGAGCAGACAUGUAACCAGCAUCGAAAGAUGCUGAACGACGCCACGUUUGAACUGGAAGAGCGGGAUGAAAUGCUGGAGCUGCUCUGUGACGGUCCUGUUGCUUCUGGAUUCAGCCUUUCAGCACCACUCAAACUCCUCGGCAUCACAAAGAUGAACAUCAACUCCCGCCGCUUCUCCCUCUGCUAGUAGCCAUGGGAGGAGUCCGAGACUACACUGUUAGAAAUAAAGGCACUGCGCAGGUAUAUUUUUCAUUCAUCAAGGUACAAACAAUGUAAAAGUACCAUUAAAGGUACAA